AUGAGGAAAACAGGCAAAACGAAGAACAACGGACGAAGAGGAAAACAAAAGGCAACAACGAAGAACCCCAAGACAAGGAAAAACCGGCAACAAAAACGAAGAAAACCCCAAGACAAGGAAAACAAAAGGGCAACAAACGGAAGAACAAGGAAAACAAGGAAAAAACAGCAACGAAGAAACCCCAAGGACGAAGGGAAACAGGCAAAACAAAACGAAGACCCAAGACAAGGAAAACAGGCCCCAACAACGAAGGGGAACAAGGAAAACAAGAAGAAACAAAACGCAAACAACGAAGAACCCCAAGACAAGGGAGGCAAACAACGAAGAAACCCAAGACGGGAGGAAAAACAGGCAACAAACGGAGGAACAAGCCCAACGGGAAAACAGGCAAACAAGACGGGGAAAAAAAAAAGGCAACAAGACAAGGAAACAGGCAACAACGAAGAAACCCCCAAGACAAGGGAAACAGGCAACAACGAAGAACAAGGGAAGAGAAAACAAGCCCCAACAACGAACACAAGAAACCCAGGAAAAACAAAAAGGCAAACAACGAAGAACCCCAAGACAAGGGAAACAGGCAACAACGAAGAACAAGGAAAACAAGAAAAACAAAGCCCCAACAACGGCCCAAAGGACAAGACAAGGGAAAACAGGCAACAACGAAGAACCCCCAAAGACAAGGAGGGAAAAACAGGCAACAACGAAGAACCCAAGACAAGGAAAAACAGGCAACAACCCCGAAGACCCCAAGACAGGAAAACAGGCAACAACGAAGAAACCCCAAAGACAAGGGGAAAACAGGCAACAACGAAGAACCCCAAGACAAGGAAAACAGGCAACAACGAAGAACCCAAGAAAGAAAAAAGGCAACCCCAACGGAAGACAAGAAAACGGAAGGGGAAAAAGGCAACAACGAAGAACCCCAAGACAAGGAAAACAGGCAAACAACGAGAACCCCAAGACGAAGGAAAACAGGGCAACGAACGGAAGGGAAAACAGGAAACGAAGAAACAAAACAGGCAAACAACGAAGAAUCCCCAAGACGGGAGGAAAAACAGGCCCCGACAAACGGAAAAAGGCAACCCCAAGACAAGGGAAACAGGCAACAACGAAGGAACCCCAAGACAAAGGGAAAACAGGCAACAACGGAAAGAACCCCAAGACGGGGAAGGAAAAACAACCCCGGCAACCCAACGAAGGAAACCCCAAGAACCCCAAGACAAGGAAAACAGGCAACAACGAAGAACCCCAAGACAAGGAAAACAGGCAACAACGAAGAACCCCAAGACAAGGAAAACAGGCAACAACGAAGAACCCCAAGACAAGGAAAAUACAACAACAACCCGAAAAAGGAAACCCCAAAGGAACCCCAAGGAAGGAAAAACAGGCAACAACGGAAGCAAACCCAGACAAGAAGAAACAGGCAACAACGGAAAGAACCCCAAGACGAGAAAACAAGGCAACAAAACGAAGACAACAAGGAAAACAAGGGAAACAAGCCCAAAAACGGGAAGAACCCCAAGGCGAAGGGAAAACAGGGCAAACAACAACAAGAACAAGACAAGGGAAACAGGCAACAACGAAGAACCCCAAGACAAGGGAGGCAAACAACGGAAGGAAGAAAGAACCCCAAGGACAAGGAAAACAGGCAACAACGAAGAACCCCAAGACGAGGAAAACAGGCAACAACGAAGAACCCCAAGACAAGGAAAACAGGCAACAACGAAGAACCCCAAGACGGAGGACAAGAAACCCCAACGGAAGGAACAAGAACAAGGGGAAAAACAAGGCAACAACGAAGAACCCCAAGACAAGGAAAACAGGCAACAACGAAGAACCCCAAGACAAGGAAAAAACAGGGGCAACAACGAAGAAGACAAAAAGGGAAACAAGGAAAAGUGGAAAAACAGGCAACAACCGAAGAACCCCAAGGACAAGGAAAACAGGCAACAACGAAGAACCCCCAAGGACGGGAGAAAACAGCCCCAACACGGAGAACAAGAAGGGAAAACAGGCAACAACGAAGAACCCCAAGACGAGGAAAACAGGCAACAACGAAGAACCCCAAGACAAGGAAAACAGGCAACAACGAAGAACCCCAAGACAAGGAAAACAGGCAACAACGAAGAAAACCCAGAACAAGAAAACAGCAACAACGGAAACGAACCCAAACAAGGAAAAAAAGGCAACCCAACCCCGGGAAGAACAAGAAACAAAGGACGGCAACAACGAAGAACCCCAAGACAAGGGAAAAACAGGCAAACCCCAAAAACUGAAGAACCCCAAGGACAAAGGGAAAACAGGCAACAACGAAGAACCCCAAGACAAGGGAAAAAACAGGGCAACAACGAAGACCCAGGACACGGAAAAACAAGGAACAACGAAGAACCCCGAAGACAAGGAAGGGAAACAGGCAACAACGGAAAAGGAACAAGAACCCCAAGAAAAAACAGGCAACAACGAAGAACCCCAAGACGAGGAAAACAGGCAACAACGAAGACCCAAAGACAAGAAAACAGGCAACCCCAAACGGAAAAAGGAACAGAACACGGGAAAACAGGCAACCCAACGGAGAACAAGACCAAGGGAAAACAGGCCAACAACGAAGAACCCAAGGCAAGGAAACAAGCAACCCCACGGAAGAACAAAGAAAGAAAACAGGCAACAACGAAGAACCCAAGACAAGGAAAAACAGGCAAACAACGAAUAACAAGGAAAACAAGGGGAACAAAGCCCAAACAACGAACAACCCCAAGACAAAAGGAAAACGGCAACAAACGAAGAACCCCAAGACAAGGGAAAACAGGCAACAACGAAGAACCAAGACGAGGAAAAAACAGGCCCAAAACAACGAAACAACCCAAAGAAACCCCAAGGACAAAAAAGGCAACAACGAAGAACCCCAAGACAAGGGAAACAGGCAACAACGAAGAACCCCAAGACAAGGAAAACAGGCAACAACGAAGAACCCCAAGACAAGGAAAACAGGCAACAACGAAGAACCCCAAGACAAGGGAACAGGGCAACCAACGAAGAAACCCCAAGACAAGGAAACAGGGCAACAACGUAAGAAACCCCAAGACGAGGAAAACAGGCAACAACGAAGAACCCCAAGACGAGGAAAACAGGCAACAACGAAGAACCCCAAGACGAGGAAAACAGGCAACAACGAAGAACCCCAAGACGAGGAAAACAGGCAACAAAAAAAACGAAGAACCUCAAGACGAGGAAAACAGGCAACAACGAAGAACCCCAAGACGAGGAAAACAGGCAACAACGAAGAACCCCAAGACGAGGAAAACAGGCAACAACGAAGAACCCCAAGACAAGGAAAACAGGCAACAACGAAGAACCCCAAGACAAGGAAAACAGGCAACAACGAAGAACCCCAAGACAAGGAAAACAGGCAACAACGAAGAACCCCAAGACGAGGAAAACAGGCAACAACGAAGAACCCCAAGUAAGACGAGGAAAACAGGCAACAACCAAGAACCCCCAAGACAAGGGAGCAACAACGAAGAACCCCAAAAGACAAGGGAAACAGGAACAACCCCAACGGGAGGAACAAGACGAAGGAAAAAACAGGCAACAACAAGAACCCCAAGCAAGGAAACAGGCAACAACGAAGAACCCCACAACGGGGAAAACAGGCCCCAAAACGGGAAGGAACAAGAAGAAGGGAAAAACAGGCAACAACGAAGAACCCCAAGGACAAGGGGAAAACAGGCAACAACGAAGCAAAACCAAGACGGGAGGAAAACAAGGCCAACAAAAACGGAGGAACCCCAAGGACAAGGAAAAACAGGCAAACCCAAAAGAAGAAAACAGGCGAAGGGAAACAAAAAAGGGAAAACAACAACGAAGAACCCCAAGACGAGGAAAACAGGCAACAACGAAGAACCCCAAGACGAGGAAAACAGGCAACAACGAAGACUAAGACAAGGGACAAGGGCAAAACAAAAGAAGAACCCCAAGACAAGGGAAAACAGCAACAAACCCCGAAGGAAGAACAAGAAAACAAGGAAAAAGGGCGGCAACAACGAAGAACCCCAAGACGAGGAAAACAGACAAGGAAAAACAGGCAACAACGAAGAAACCCCAAGACAAAAGGGAAAACAGGCAACAACGAAAGAAACCCAAGACAAGGGAAACAAGGGGCCCAAACAAAACGGAACGAACCCCAAAGACAAGGGAAACAGCAACAACGAAGAACCCCAAGACGAGGAAAACAGGCAACAACGAAGAACCCCAGGCAACAACGAAGAACCCCAAGACGAGGAAAACAGGCAACAACGAAGAACCAAGACAAGGAAAACAGGCAACAACGAAGAACCCCAAGACAAGGAAAACAGGCAACAACGAAGAACCCCAAGACAAGGAAAACAGGCAACAACGAAGAACCCCAAGACAAGGAAACAAGGCAAACAACGAAGAACCCCAAGACAAAGGAAAACAUGCAAACACGAAGAACCCCAAGACAGGGAAACAGGGCAACAACGAAGAACCCAAAGACAAGGGAAAGAGGCAACAACGAAGGACCCCAAGACAAGGGAAACGGGCAACACGAAGAACCCAAGACAAGGAAACAGCAACAACGAAGAAACCCCAGACAAGGAAACAGGCACACAACGAAGAACCCAAGAAGACAGGGAAAAGGCAACAUACGAAGAACCCCAAGACGAGGAAAACAGGCAACAACGAAGAACCCCAAGGACAAAGGGAAACAGGCAACAACGAAGAAACCAAGACAAGGAAAAAGGCAAACAACGAAGAACCCCAGACAAGGGAAACAGGCAAACAACGAAGACCCCCAGCAAGGCAAAAAAGGCAACAACGAAGAACCCAAGACAAAGGGAAACAGGCAACAACGAAGCACCCAAGACAAGGAAAACAGCAACAACGAAGAACCCCAAGACAAGGAAACAGGCAACAACCGAAGACACCAAGACAAGGAAAAACAGGCAACAACGAAGAACCCAAGACAGGGAAACAGGCAACAACGAAGAAACCCCAAGACAAGGAAAAACAGGCAACAACGAAGAAGAAACCCAGACAAGAGGAAAACAGGCAACAACGAAGAACCCCAAGACAAGGAAAACAGGCAACAACGAAGAACCCCAAGACAAGGGAAACAGGCAACAACGAAGAACCCCAAGACAAGGAAAACAGGCAACAACGAAGAACCCCAAGACAAGGAAACAGCAACAAACGAAAGAACCCACGGACAAGGGAAACAGGCUAACAACGAAGAACCCCAAGACAAGGGAAAAACCAGGCAAACAACGAAGAACCCCAAGGACACGGAAAACAGGCAACAACGAAGAACCCCAAGACAAGGAAAACAGGCAACAACGAAGACCCAAGACAAGGGAAAACAGGCAAACAACGAAGCACACCAAGGAAAGGAAAAAACAGGCAACAACGAAGAACCCCAAGACAAGGAAAACAGGCAACAACGAAGAACCCCAAGACAAGGAAAACAGGCAACAACGAAGAACCUGGAGACAAUGGAAACAGCAAAAUAGAAGAAGAAAGAAGAAGAAGAAGAAGAAGAAAAGAAAGAGGAAGAGAGAGCGAGGAGAGAGAAGAGAGAAGAGACGACGGAAGAACAAGGACAGAGAGAGAAGAAGAAGAAGAAGAAUAGAGAGAGAGAGAGAGAGAGAGAGAGAGAGAGUCUGGAAAUUGUCAUAA